UGUUCGGGUUUGAGGGGAAGUAGGAGGCGGGGGCUGAAGGAGGAGCAGAAGGAGGAGGUCACCCAAGCACCUCGCUCCAUCACAUCGCAGCUGACACUGGAUUAUACGGGGCUCCACCUGUCGAAGAGGACAGUGGCGGCAGUAAACGAGCUGACGCCGGACAGCACGAGACUUACACAGCGAAAGAGAGGAACUAACGCGAUAUUUAAAAAUAAUAAUAAUAAUAACGAGCGCUUUCGCUUCGGCACCACCUGCUCUUAUGUUCUCAAUGCUGGUUUAAUUUCACCCGAGGACAGAGGAGGAAGAGGAGGUGGUGGAGGAGGAGGAGGAGGCAGCGGCAGCAAACCAUAACUAACUGCGGUGGAUGGUUUUAUCCGCAGUGGCUCAGCCGAGCAGCCAGCCGGGGAGCAGGAUGUCCAGGCAGCAGCAGCCGCAGCAGCACCAUCACCACCACUACCAACAGCAGCAGCAGUCGCAGCCGCAGAGCCGGACACCGUUAAAAGUCACCGACAACGUUGUGGAGGUCAAGAGCAAAUUUGAGGCAGAGUACCGCCGUUUCGCUCUAAAGAGGAAUGGCCCCGGCGGCUUUAAGGAGUUCUACCACCUCCUUCAGACCAUCCAUCACAUCCCCGGUGUUGACGUAAUCCUGGGAUACGCCGACGUUCACGGGGACCUCCUUCCGAUCAACAAUGAUGACAACUUCCACAAAGCUGUCUCCUCAGCUACUCCGCUGCUGCGCAUCAUCAUAUCCAAGAAAGACGAUGAACCCGUCGUAUUUGGCACCAACUCCCUCCAGAGGCGUAAAAAAGGUCUGGGCCUGACUGGGCUGCGCCCCACUGGUUCAGGCUCCACCCACUCCAAGAACAAACCAGGCCUGAUGAUUGGGAUGCCCCAGAACUUCAGGCAGAUCUCCUCCAUCAUAGAUGUGGACAUUCUGCCAGAGACGCACCGCCGCGUGCGGCUUCACAAGCACGGUACCCACAAACCCCUGGGCUUCUACAUACGUGACGGGGUGAGUGUGCGGGUGACGCCACAAGGAGUGGAGAAGGUUCCCGGGGUGUUCAUAUCUCGUCUGGUUCGGGGAGGACUGGCCGAGAGCACGGGCCUGCUGGCCGUCAACGACGAGAUUCUGGAAGUGAACGGCAUCGAUGUCGCAGGAAAGUCGUUGGAUCAGGUCACAGACAUGAUGGUGGCCAACAGUCACAACCUGAUCGUGACUGUGAAACCUGCGAAUCAGAGAAACAACGUGAUGCAUCGUGGGAGUAAAUAUUCCAUUGGAAACUCUGGCUCUGUAGGAUCUGCAGGCUCCAGUGGCUCAGCAUUGUCACAUGACUCCCCAAGCCCCGCCUCUCAGAGCAACCCUAUCACUGCAAGCAACAGCAUCGCAGAGGGCGACAGCGACGAGGAAGACGACGACGGCGACCUCAUCCUGGAGAACGACUGCCUCACACCGUAUGAACCGCAGCAGGUAAACAACGGCAACAGCACAAAUCUGAACAGAGACUCGCCCAACACGAGGCCGCCUCACGCCACCGCGGUCAGGCCCCUCCCACAGAGCAUCUCGUUGCCCAAUAGCGUUGGCGCAUCAUUGACUGACGGCUCGAUGGCGACGUCAAGGUUCAGCGAUGACACGGCCAGUAACAGCCCGGAGAGCAUGAGAGAGGACGGCAACAUCAUCACACUGUGAACGAUCAAACCACAUACUCUUGUAGUACUCUUGUAGUACUCUUGUAGUACUCUUGUAGUACCGCGUGACCGUGGAAGGGGUGCGCUGUCGUAACAGCGGCGGCUGUGAUCCACGUGUGGUACUGAGCAGCAGCUGAACUGUGACCCUUUCUUCCUGUUGGCUGUUUCUGUUGAUAUUUAGUCUUUUAACGGUGGACUGUUGAUCUCUUCUCACACACACACACACACACACAUACACACGUACACACAGCAGGAGGACACAGUUUCUUAACUACAGACAAAAUAAAAAAUGAUUUUGUGACCACUG